GUCGGAUUUUCACAAGUCCGGAUGAGGAGUCCCCACACGUUCAGACUGGAGACUGGAGACGAUCUCUCCACAUUAGGAGAAGGGUCCAUAGACGAUCUGGUGCAUCUUCAAAUCGUCAAGAGAUGUCUACGAGAAAGGAUAAAGAGAGAUGGAUCUCCCUUCUAUCGCCCUCAUCAACCAUUCAAUCAAUCAACCAAACAAACACAUCAAGUGUCAAAACAGUUGAAUAAGUCUUUCAAUCUUCAUUAUACAAUCAUUCCAACAUCUUCAAAAUGGGUUCCGCUCCACAAGUUCAGCCAGCAGCCCAGAUCGACCUUGCUGGGCUCGUCCCCGCACCCGUCACACCCUUCAACCGUGAUGGCUCGAUCGACUAUGCCGCUAUUCAACGUCUGGGGUCCUGGCUCGGCAGCAUCCCAGGAGUGAAGGGACUCGUCGUUCUCGGACACGCUGGCGAGGGAACCUUCCUUACCCAAGAAGAACAAGUUGAUGUCAUCAAGGCAUUUGUCAAGUCCGUUGACAACAAGAUUCCCAUCAUCGCAGGCAUCACCACAGAAGGAACCGAAGUAGCUGCCUUGGAGGCACAGCGUGCAAAGGCAGCAGGUGCUGCCGCUGGUCUGCUGUACCCUUCGCACGGAUGGCUUCGAUUCGGUUACCAGCCUGGUGCGCCGCAGGAUCGGUACAAGGUGGUCUAUGAGAAGUCCGGACUCCCCUUGAUCUUGUUCCAGUACCCAGACAACACCAAGGCUACAUACUCCCUCGACACCCUUCUAGAGAUUGCUGCUCAGCCCGGUGUCAUCGCCAUGAAGAACGGUGUGCGCAACAUGCGCAGGUGGGACACCGAGAUCCCCGUCAUCAAGGCAAAGAACCCAGACCUCACCAUCUUGACAUGCCACGACGAGUACCUUCUUCAUACUUGCUUCGACGUCGACGGAAUGCUUGUCGGCUAUGGAAACAUUGCUCCUGAGCCAUUGCUCGAGAUGAUCGAGGCGGGCAAGGCUCGUGACUACCCAAGGGCCAGGGCCGUCCACGACAGGCUUCUCCCAGUGACCAAGAAUGUCUACCACCGAGGAUCCCACAUGGAGGGAACAGUCGCUUUGAAGCAUGGACUUGUGGCCCGAGGAAUAUUGGAGCAUGCGACAGUUCGCAGCGCACUGUUGCCAUUGCCUGAUGGUGCUGAGCAGGAGAUCCAUGCUGCUUUCAAGUCUGCACAAUUGGGCAACGUCUCAUUGAAGAAGUGAAAGGUUCCUGCACCUUUUGGACUCUCAUGGGAACGGAACAUAGAUCGGUACAUUUAUGAUUAGAAC